CUUGAAAGUGUCCGCCUGCGACUGGAAACAUGACAGUUAUGUAUGUAUGCUAUCUCGAAGGUGAAUCUUAUUUUAUACACGCAGCAUGGCUCCGAUAACGUCUUUCUGGGCGCUUUACACGAGAACUCUCGCUAAGUUAACUAAGCAGGUGAAUGUUGUUUACAUCAAGAGGAGUAUUUUCCUGUCCAGAUUGCCUCUCUUCAAAAAAGCCGACGGUCCAGGCCGCCUUGUCAAGUGUGGACAGUUCAGCUCUGCAGCGGCUAAAGCAGAAAGCGGUGACACCUUCCUUAAAUGGUUCCUACUGCUGAUCCCCGCCACCACGUUCGGACUGGGGACGUGGCAGGUGAAGCGGCGUCAGUGGAAGCUGGAGCUGAUCAAUGAACUGACCAAACUCACGACAGCUGAGCCCAUUCCGCUUCCUCUGGAUCCGCAGGAGCUGAACGGUCUGGAGUACAGACGGGUGAAGGUCCGAGGGAAGUACGACCACUCUAAGGAGCUCUACGUCCUGCCGCGAUCACCUGUUGACCCGGAGAAGGAGGCCAGAGAGGCAGGGAGGCUCUCGUCAAGUGGGGAGACCGGAGCAAACGUCAUCACCCCAUUUCACUGCUCCGAUCUCGGCAUCACGAUCCUGGUAAACAGAGGUUAUGUUCCGAGGCAGAAGAUCCGACCGGAGACCAGGAUGAAGGGACAGGUGGAGGAUGAGGUGAAUGUGGUCGGCGUAGUCCGCCUGACGGAGGUCCGAAAACCCUUUGUACCGAACAAUGACGUGGAGAGAAACCGCUGGCACUUCCGCGACCUGGAGGCCAUGGCGAGCGUCACGGGAGCGGAGCCCAUCUUCAUCGAUGCCGACUUUGCGAGCACAAUCCCUGGUGGACCGAUUGGAGGGCAGACAAGAGUGACACUGAGAAACGAGCACAUGCAGUACAUCAUAACAUGGUAUGGCUUGUGUGCUGCCACCUCUUACAUGUGGUACGCCAAGUUCAUCAAGAGGAUCAAACUGUAAGACCAGUCAAACUAUGUAUUUAUGUGAGGUGAUCUCAAGGAGCCCAAUAAAAACAUUGAAAUCAGA